AUGAAAUUGUUGUGUGGGUGUUUCCGUGAUUGUAAAGAACUGCAUAACGUUGAAAUUCCAUUUGGUGUAAGUGCCAUUUAUCCUGGAUGUUUUUAUGAUUGCAAUUUUAUUAAUAAAGUAACAAUACCCCCAAGUGUUAGAUAUAUAAAUUCUUAUUCGUUUUUCGGAUGUCACAAUUUAGGAAGUGUUGUUAUACCAGAAAGAGUCUCAUAUCUUAGUGCAUAUUGUUUCAGUGGAUGCAACUGUUUAAAUAAUGUUGUUAUCUCAUCGAAUGUCACAUCAAUUGAUAUUUUUUGUUUUUUUCAAAUGCGCGAAUUUGACUCGAUAGAAUCUUUAAACAUCCCAUCAGGUGUUACUGAAUUGGGUCAAUAUUGUUUUUAUAAAUGUAUUAAUUUAAGAAGUGUGACAAUAUCAUCGAGUCUUACAAUUAUUAAUAAUUAUUGUUUCCAAAAUUGUUCAAAAUUAGAUGAACUUAUUAUACCACCACGUGUUAAAUCAUUGGGUGAUACAUGUUUUUGUAAUUGUGGUAUGACGAGUGUAGAAAUUCCUUCGAGUGUUACUGUACUUGUUCGCGCUUGUUUCGCUCAUUGCAGUAAUCUAAAAAGUGUGGUAAUACCAUCUAGUGUCACAAAACUUGGUGAUUAUUGUUUCAAUGAAUGUAGUAGUCUGAGCAGAGUUAUAAUACCAUUAAGUGUAGUAUCUUUAGGAUCACGUUGUUUCUGGAAAUGUGGCAGAUUAAAUAAAGUUGAUUUACCGUCAAGUGUCACAUUUAUUGGUGAUGAAUGUUUUGAUUCACACACUUUGGUAAACAAAAAAUGA